CUGCAAACUCUUGGUGGCACACUUUUGUGAAACGGCCGUAUUGUAAUAGAGUGCGCUUGUAAAUUAACGUGCUGCACAGGUAUUCAUUUCUGUGCAUUUACAGACGGUUUUCUAAAACUCUGCUUCAUCUCAGCCUCAGGCUUGCCUCUGUAGUCAAAUCAGUCUGGCCCUGCUACAUGUACAUGUAUAUGUAUGCAUGUACGGUCUGGCAAGAUUAUCUGAAUCAUUUAGCAAUUUCAAAGUCAGGGUUUAAAAUCCUCCGAUGCCUGAGAUGGAGACCGAGUAUUAAAACUAGUCAAUAUUGCACAUCUGUGAUUGUUCAUUGAACACUGCCCUCUGUUGACUGAGUUAUUCCAAGUAUGCAAUGGCAACCUAAUGACCAGUGAAAGAGGUAGUGAUUGAACACUCUCACCAAUAAAUCAAAGCUGUUUCCAGAUAGAGCAGCUUGUAAUCACGACGCUAUGAUAGUGGCUGCAUCAUGUAAUAUGAUUGGUAGAAGUUUGCAGAUUAUGGCUUCAUAAUAAUUUAUAUAUUAGUUUAUUGUGAAUGGGUGACAGAGCAGGUGUGCUCUAUACACAUGCACCACCAUAGUGUCAUUUUUAAAUUAAUUGAAGCUUAUCUUAUCUUAUAGGAUAGGUUGCCGUAGUGAUGAAAACUCCUAGGAAAUGAAUAAUGAGUUACUAAUUACAGCUAAUCUUACCUUUCUUGAUCUUGUAUUUUUCUGUCACACCCCAGUGAUGGUGAGACACUGCCGGUAGUGUAUGGGGUCAAGGGAAGUACAAGAGGAAAAAAUGACAGGUGUUUUAAAAUAAUAAAUGCCAUGUGCCAGGAAAUACAAAAAUGUAAUCUGUGUGAUAUUCUUUAGUUCUGAUUUUUGGCCCAAAUAUUUUUGGGAAACCUGAGGAAAACUUGUACGGAUGUUUAAUCAAAGUAAAGACUUAAUAAGUAUUUACUUUGCUUUGAACAAUGUGACAUACUGUGUUCUCUGUAUGAAAAAAGGCCCUCUUGUGACAAACCUGUUAGGAAGCCUCACUUGGUGCUGUCAUCAUGUGAUUAAAGCUCUUGCUGCUGGCAUGUCAUGUGCGCCUUGACAGAUGUCUUAAAUAUAUCACGAUGGGGCCACAGAAUGGUCAAAUGAUGUCAAACUGUCACAAAUUAUGCAUACCCUGCGGGAUUUUUCUGUCUCGAUGCCAUCAACAGCUGUCAUUUCUGUACAUGUACAUGUACAUGUAUAACGUGACACUGUCAGUGACACAUGACCAUGACCUUAACUUAAUGCUAGGUCAUUACCACCCCUAAACCCCCUGCUGUUGUGCAAUCUGAAGGUCCAUGUUUGUCAUCACUUUCUAUACUCCAUGUACAUGUAGCUGAGGAUUACUCAUUAAUUACCUGGUAGAUAAUCUUGUAACCAGAAAUGACACCUGCUUGUCUGUACUUAUACCUAUGUUUGGGCUUUGCAUUAACUGUACAUAUGCAUGUACAGUAGUCACGCAAAGUGUAGCUACCAGUAGCUGGACCUUGGAAUAACAUUGAGCCACCAUCAGAAACAUUUCUUAGUAGUGAGUGGAGAGAUGGUAGCAAUCAACAGGCAUUUUACGGUUUAUAGAAUUAUUUUAAUUCUGUUUGGGUUUUGCAGAAGUUUUCUUUGUUCAGUUUAUUUAUGGGCUUCACAUUUAUCCCAGCUUGGGGGGUUUGGUUCUGAUUAUGAGUAACUUGCUAGUACAACCCAUGGCAGAUGGUAGGCUCAUGCUAUGCUUCAUAGACAUUAUGCCUGGAUGCCUAGAGGAUUAACCAAUGCUAUCAUGCAUGACAUAUUAAAAUCGGCACUAUGUACACAACAGGGUAACCCUGGAGAGAAGGCAACCAUGAACACACGAUGAAAUUGAGAUCUUUUCGCCUUGUGUCUUAGCAAGAAAAGAUGAUGUAGUCUUCAUCUGUUGGCUUAGGGAUGAUGGACAGAUUUCUGCUUGAAUUCUAUUGAGAGACUUACGGUACUUUGACACCUUUGUGGGAUCAUCUUAGAACGAGGAGCAUACGGGGACUGUUUGGAAUAUUCUUACAUGUACAUUAGAUGUACUGUAAAUGAGAUUGUCUAACACUUCAAUAAAUGGAAACACACAUGUACAAAAUAAGAUAUUCUUGUACUGUUCUGCGUAAAGUAAGAGUAAACUUUCCCAGUUGAAUGUGAGUUUACCCGAAGACUGUCCAAUCUUUCAAAUUUGUUAGGUUCUGCUUCAAAUUUGCACCCCUCACUGAAAAGGACAGAGAGAAAAGAAAGGUGUAUUAUGAAUUUGAAGUGUACAGUACUUGUAGACAUUUACGUUGUUCAUUGUAAGCAGUACAGUGGUCUAGGCCUGGGGUUCGAUUCCUCUCUCAUGUAACACGUUCAAGAUUAACAUGUGUCUCGGUAAAGAACAUGCAUACCACCACAGCCCCCCCCAAAAAACCUCAUACAAAUUGUUGUUACGGGAAAACAUACCUCAGAAAGAUAGAAACAAAAUGAUGCCAAACACAAGAUUUGGUAAGGUCCUUGCCUAUACAUGUACAUGAAGUAUACUGUGGUAGGAAGGCAAGAGUUUUGGGUACGUUCCUGUCAUGUACGUGUACACUUUUUGGUGUCCCUGUACAUUUUAUACCGCAAAGUACGAGGUGUACUGUGUACCAGUAAGCACCAGUAUCUAAGGAAAUGAUAUGAUUUAAUUCACUGAAGUAAUGCAGUGGUAGUUUCCCGAGGGUAAAAAAAACAGGAAAUUGUAAUAGAUCUACAUGUAUGUUGUAGUUUACAUUGUACCUGUACAUGUACGUGGACCAAGAUUGUUAACGUUCUCAGAAUUUGGGGAAAUGUUUCAAUUUCUACUCUGAAAUGUCUGGCAUUGUCACUCCUGAAGAAUUCCAUAUUCAAUUGAUGUUGUCUUGUUCUACAAUUAGCCUGUCUGUAGUUGUUUUGUUUUUUGGGGGUUUGUUUUCCUCUGCUGGUUCCUGUUGCCUUGUUUUUUUUUUACAUUUGGUCUUGUCAAGGGUAACAUACCUUCAUGUGAUAGACAGCAAAAAUGUAUGCAAUAAGAAAGUCUGUCUAAGAUUUGACCUACUGCAAUCUACAGUAAUAUGUGUUGACCAACAAACCUGAAAAUAUUUUUUGGUCCAGGGGCUGUAAUCUUUUUUUAAUUGCUUUGUUAUUAAACUCUUUGUGAGGAGGCUUACCGGAAGUUUAUGCUGCCGGUAGCAUGUUUUUUAUACUGCUUGUACAUAUUUACCGGUACAUGUAUAACUUUUUUUUUUCUAGAAAUUCUGUCUCAACUACCGGUACCUGUGUAUCCUGGUAGUCUAAUGGUUAUAUCAGUCCCAAGUUUUGUUUCCAUGGUACCGGCUAGCUAAUUAGGGUCGAAGGAAGGAGAUUGUGGUUAAACAGGGAAUUUGAAAUUUUCAACUACACCCUGUAGCUGGACCUGUUUAUUUGAGCAAGGUGCUAUAAAAGUGAAAUAAAAGGGAAAGCUAGGACACAAACUCACUAGUGACUGAAAGCAACUUAUGCACAGCAUGCUUGAUAUUUUAUGUGAGUGUAUGGUAUGUUCCAUCCAGGGAUUGUAGGCUUCAUGCACCAGAACAUGGUAGAUAGGACGAUGUGAUGUGGCUGUUUUGUACAGUAGUUAAGUACCAGUACUUGUACAUGUACGUGUAUGUUUUGCACACUACCCCAAAUCUACUGCUAAAUAUCAACAGCAGUAGAGACUUCUAAAUUUGGUAGAAUUGGACACUAAGUACAUGUAGACUGCCUUGCCACUUCUAUAAUUUUUGUCAUUGGUAAAUUGUUCUCUGAUUUCUAAAGUACAUGUGUAAGUGUCAUUUUUAGGGUUGGCCUGUUUGUAAAAAUCCUGUACCUUGGGGUGUGGUUUAAUGAGUGGUGUAGGCACAGCCCACUAAUUUCUGCAACUCGUCAAAACUUGUCAUUUUUAAGCAGAGCUGUCAUUUCCUGGCAGACAAAGUGACUGGUAGAUUAUGCAAAGCAAGCCCAGCAAUCUUGGAGGAAGUUGAGUCAGGAAAAGUGGUGUCACUCCAGCCUUGGUUCUGCCAUUAGCUCAGUCACGUAUUGAGAACGUUAGGUACACAUACAUUGUAGAUUUAGAGGCUGAGCCAAUGUGAGUUUGCCAGGUACAUGUACAAUGUAGUUUAGUGAAAAGUUGCUUGCCCAUGUUCAGCUCAUGUACUUGUAUGGCUUUGCUGUUGACAUUUUGUGCUGAAGCACAUGCAGCUUUAAACUUCCUAUUUGGUACUGAACAGAGGUUUCUCUUGUGUAGUUGCUGUGCAAAUCUUCUCAAAGAUAUAGGCAGGUUCUUUUGUUGAAAGAUAAGAAGUUCCACACACUUCCUCUCCCCAAACGGAACAAGGAGAAGAAGAAGACACCAUCAAAAGACGAUUCUGAGGGUGUGACAAGGAAGAAGAGCUUUGUAGACAUGACACGACGUAAGCUAAGCCGUGGUGUCAAGGACCAAGCUGUAAUUGAACCAUUGCGACGUAAAGUAGGUGUAGAAAAGGACAUGGACAAACUGCAGGGUUCAGAAAAAUCAGUUAUGGUGGCUCUCAAAUGGUUUCUGGAGGUAAUUCAGAAGGAUACAUUGAUUAUGCUCCCAGGCAGUACAACCAAAGUCCUACAAGAAGUCAUGGAACUCAACCAGUGUCUUAAUCAGUGUCUAAAUAAUGAAGAAAGUUCAAUGCUUAUGUCAUGCCACAACCAAGUCUAUCAAAGCUUAGCUAAUCUCAUCUACUGGGCAGACAAGAUCGUCCUGUAUGGAGAAUCAUCAAUGAAUAAAGAUGAAGGAAGUGAAGUCACUGAGGCAGUGCGCUCAGGCAUUGAGGAACUAGUCAGGCUUUAUCUUGAGAAGCUUAAAGACAGACAGAACAAACUGGCAGCUGGUAUGGAAGACCAGCAACAGGUCCCUAAGCCAACCAUUGAAAACAAGGACGAUGCGUAUGAACAGAGACCUCUAAGUCCCAGGGAACAGGAGAUGUUACAUCAAUCUCCAAUCGGCCAGUGGUUUCCUGGGGCUACUGAUAGCAGUUUAGAGACAGGUGACAUUGCUCCACCUAAACCACCUUUGCCAAGUCAGAGGAUAUUGGUUACACAAGUUGAGGGUGAUCCACCGCCACUCCCACCUAAGAGGCGUAGUCGUAUUGAGCGUCGUAACUCAUUAUAUGACAAUGCAUCAGAUGAUGGAACAUAUCCUCAAGACUUAUCGCUAGACUGUUCAAUUUCUGGCAGUUCUGCCUCUGUUACGAGUCAACAUUCAAAUAUGAGUAAUGGUAGUUUCCACAGCCGUCCUGACUCCAUGCUGAGCAGUCAGUUUUCUUCUCCUAGCAUCCAUGGAAUUGAAUGGGAAACUUCGGAUAUGCUCAACCCUGCUGAUGUGUCCAGACUUUCUAUCCAAUCAAGCCGACGAUCCAGCACAGAAUCCUCUGAGCAUAGAGACUUUGAGAAAGUUUCUAACAGUGGAUCAGAGGGCACGCCACCAAGCUUGCCAGCUAAACAGAAACCUCGUCUUGAGAGGCAUUUAUCAAAUUAUGAUAAUGUGGAUCCCGAGGAAGCCGAAGAACUGUCUGAUCGAUGUCAAAACCUUCAGGAUGCAGUGUUCAGUGUUGGAAUGUCUCAAGAUGAUGGCAGUAAUCAUAGAGACUCUUAUCUUAGUGGAUAUGAUGAUGCUGAUCACUAUGAUGACAAACCGCCUCCUCUUCCACCUAAACAGAUCAAGCAUAUCAAUACAUAUAUGGAUCUAGUACAUGGUUACUCAGGAGACCAGUUUGAGAUGACUUACUAUGAACAUCAGCCAGACGAUAGUCCUGCCCCAGACAGUUUCUUUCCCAGUGGUAACUGUCAGUACAUACAGAGCAGAGAACAGUUCUUCCUGGAGACAUACAGUAGUAAUGACAUGAUGAAUGGUGGCCGACCGGUGUCAGGAGCCAGUUAUGCUGAGAUUGAUGAUCGAUCAGAGAGUUCAGCCGAAGGAACUUCAGAUAUGGACCCUCCAGCAUUACCGAUCAAGAGACGAAGUUCAGCUUCUACGUCACCACCACCGAGAACAAGGCAUUACACCAACCCGGAGCGUCCCGUUUUGCCCUUGUACAACCUGAAGAAGAAAUCAGAGAGUAUGAUAGAAAGCGGCAAUGAACCAAACGUUGUGGGCAUUGAUCAUUUGAUCAGCUCCAAUCACAAAGCUUCUGAUGAGAAUAAAGACAAGACAGAAGAUGAGACUCAGGAAGAUCUUGGGACGCUAGGACUCCUUGAUGUAUCCAAUCAGCUCAUCGUUGAUUCUGUGGAUGGAAAGACUCAAAUCAAGGGGGGACCAGUAGAUUCUUUGAUCGUGUAUGCAGCUGAUGCAGACAGAAAAGACCUCUUCUACUAUGAAGCAUUCCUAACGACGUACAGGAUGUUCAUCAAAUCCAAUGAUCUACUAGAUAAGCUACUGAGCAGAUAUAAGAAGUAUCGUCAUAAAACAGAUAUGAAGUCCAAACGCGCCAAUCGCAACGCAUUCUUCCUGCUACUACGGGUAGCAGGAGAUCUAAUAGGCCAAGUAGAAGAUGACAUCUUGAAGAUGCUAAUGGAACUUGUCUUUCAACUCCUGUGUGAUGGAGAGCUGAUGCUGGCUAAGAUUUUAAGGGAUAAAGUGUUGACCAAGAUUGAUGACAACAAACUUGCACUUCAGCUCAGCAACAAACUCCCACUGUCUGGACUUGGAGUCUCUGUCAUGAAAGCGACACUGCUAGAUUUCAGCAGUCUAGAAUUAGCAGAGCAGAUGACUAUUCUUGACUCGGAGUUGUUUCAGAAGAUUGAGAUCCCUGAGGUUUUACUGUGGGCCAAGGAACAAUCUGAAACAUUGAGCCCUAACCUGACAAUCUUCACAGAACACUUCAACAAGGUGUCCUACUGGGCACGAUCGUUGAUCCUUCAAGAAAGUAAACCCCAGGACAGGGAGAAACUUGUCAUAAAGUUUAUCAAGGUCAUGAAGCAUCUGAGGAAGCUGAACAACUUCAAUUCCUACCUAGCCAUUCUGUCAGCGUUGGACUCUGCUCCUAUCAGGAGGCUGGAGUGGCAAAAGCAGACGGUGGAGGGUUUGAAAGAAUACUGCCAAUUGAUUGAUAGUUCGUCAUCCUUCAGAACAUACCGAGCAGCAUUGGCUGAGGCAGAGCCUCCCUGUAUUCCAUACCUUGGUCUGAUCCUUCAAGACAUCACCUUUGUCCACAUUGGUAACCCAGACCAUCUCCCUGAUAGUCAUCACAUCAACUUUACAAAAUGUUGGCAGUUCUACAACAUCUUGGACAGUAUGCGCAGAUUCAAGCAACAUCACUAUGACAACCUGAGGAGUUCUCCCAAGAUACUGGCCUUUUUCAAUGAUUUCAUUGAUUUCUUGGAUGAGGAAUCGAUGUGGCAACUGUCUAAGACCAUCAAACCUCAAGGUAGUGGACGACCCAAGCCAGCUUCCUGAAGGAUGAAGGGCAAGGAUCAAAGGUCAAUGAGGUAGGGAAGGCAGUUUUGACGUUGAUGACUUACAUCCUUGGCGCCUAUCUGAUUCAGCAUACCAAGUGGUACUACUACACCUUCGAAGAGUGUGGCGUCAGCUCAAACUUGCUUAGUGCAAUUGAUAGUCUCCUAUUUAUCCACCCGGGGCUCCUCUGCAGAGUAUCAAACUGAAUGAUUUUGUCUUGAUCUUAUCUGACAGUUCUCUGGGGUAAAAACAGCAGUGGUAUCUACAACAUGUCUGUAUUUAAAGAAAUAACAGGGUAUUUUUUAUGUCUUUACUGCUAAGGAUUUGAAAGACCUUUUUAUUGACCAAUGAAAUUGUUUCAAGCUUUCAGGAUCAAUCACUUUUCCCCUUUUUGCUGCCAAAUAUGAUUCAGACUUUGUGAAGCCUCGUUCUUUCAAGGACAUGUAUAGCACUUUGUUUGUAAUACAUGUAUUGAUAUGUUUCUGCUGUGUAUAGUGGCAUAAACUGUAAGGAUCUAGGAUCAUGGCAAAUCCCCCAAAGCACCUGUUAAAUUCUAAUGACAAAUCAUGUUUGGUCUUAGUGAUGCACUGACAACUAAAGGACACCAAAUCUGUCAAGAGAGAGUCUAGGUAAAUGAGCAGUCAUUCUGACAGGAGAGUGAAACAGUCAAAUUCCUCAAAUCCUGGGAUUGUUUGACUUCGUCAUUUUUGAUUAUUUCAAAGGAAACAAAGCUGGUCUUGUUUCUAGUUUCUAAGACAGGAUCAAGUACAAGUAUACAUUGACCUGCAUGUGUCAGUGGUUGUUCAUACUUUUUUCCUCUUCACAUAAGAAGGCCAGUAUUAGGUAUAGGGAGAAGUGGUAAAUAUUUAGCUAAGCUGUAUUGUGUUAUAACUGGACUUGUUGAAUGUAAGAAAUUUUAAAUGUUAAAUUGGCAGAACAGAUAAAAAUAUCUCUAUAUUUGUGAAUGAUUUUUCCCGCUGCUUGUACAUGUAUUGUGGAGUAAUAUUUAACUAUUAUACAAAUUCCUUGUACUACUUUACUCCCAUUUUGUUGAAUUACUGAAACAUUUACUAGGAAGGCAUGCAUCUUAGACUUGGGGGGAUGAGGAAACUCCAAUCUUUACAAGACUUUGUACAGUGUUUUUUAAUUAUCCAUGGCAUGAGUAUGAAGUAAAAACGAGGAAAUCAGCUGAUCUGAGGAAACGUUACAUGCCUGAGGAGGGGUGCGUUCAGUAGUGACGUAAGUAUGCUGUAUUGGCAAAGCGUGUAUCGAUGUGCACUUAUUGUACUGUUGAAAUUGGUCCAGUAAGUUGUAAUAUUAUGUAACUAUGCUGGUCUAUUUUGUAAAUCCUACAAAAUCCAAUAAACUCCAACUGAAUAAGGAGAUUCUUUUACAUCUGAGAAAUGAAUCAAAAGAUUGUGCUUCAUUCUGUUUCUUCACUGUGUUGCAGUUGGCAAGUUUCACAACAUGCUGAUGUAGAAAUUUAUGACGUUUAUCAAACCUCGUAUUUGCAGCUGUUGAAUUAUGGGAGUAAGGUUGUCGAAAAGCUUUUAGAACAUUGACAAUCUAAUCCAGGAUGGGGAUUAAAAAUGUGACUUUGUGUUGACAGGUGCGAAGUGUUUGACCCGUCGUUAAUGGAAAGCCAGAUUGCAAUGUACUAGUAGUAACAAUCAUUAUUGAGCUGCCACUGUAAUGCUGUUCUGAAUGGAUAUAUUUAAAUUGUACUUUCUCAUAAUAAUCCUCAAUUUGUAUGUAAAUCAGUCAUACAGUAUUUGCUUAUCCAUGAUUUAAUUAUGCAAACUUCUGUAAAAAAUGCAAGUGAAUUUGAAAGCACCUCUGCCAGUGUUGACUAUGCAUGUAGAUAUUUCAGAGGCUUUUAGAUAAAAAUGCAAGAUUAUACAAGAUAGACUAUAGUUGAGUUACAGUUCUUGUCAAAUAUCUGGUUCAAAAGAGCUGCCUUUUUGGAAACAUUACAUUAAAAUUAAAAGGGAGUUCAAUGCAGAAGUGUGUCAAAAAUUGAAUUAACUGCCACAACCUCCCCAAAUACAUGUAUGUAUUUUUUGCCUAAAUGUGCCACAAGCACCAGAACUAAGAAACUGUAAAUAACUUGUAAAACUAAGAACAGCUCAAAGCCAAACUUGUCAGGUACAUGUAUGACUUAGUUACCAAUGUUCAUAUCAACUGAUCAGCAUUUUAUUGUUAUGCAAAUGAGGUGAAUGGUAAAUAGCAUCAGGAAAAUCGUUCAGUGUUUCAGGGAAGAAUGGCUGAAACAACUGGUUUGUAAGUUUGAUUGUAAUUAAAGCUUGAUUUUGGAAAUUGCACUUUAUUUGCAUGAACACUUAAAAAGAAAAAAGGAAAUGAAUGUUUUGAAAGAACUGUGAGGGCUAUGCAUGUAUUUUAUGAGAGUUUAAAUUUAUUAAAUUUAAAGGCAACAUUUUUCACCUCAGAUAGCUUGUCCAGAUUUGUUUUGGGUAGAAUAUCACAUGGAAUUUUAAGUGUUUUCAAAUCAACUCAGACAAAAGUGGUUCUUGUUUUAUUCUCAUGUGUCAGUUUUAACAUUUUGUUUUCUAUUUUAUUCUUUCCGAACUUUCUUCUUAUUAAAAUGUGCAGGCUUAUAUGGCUAGAAGUAUGAAGACUUGUGAUUUUAAUACAAAGCACUGUUUUACUGAGAUAAUAAUGGAAUGUGGACAAGUGUCAACUUUCACUCUUGUCUGUAAUUUUUGUAAGCCAAAUUUGUGUUUAGACUGCAAUUUUGUCACUGUCUAUAGUUGGUAUUGAAAUCUGUAUGUGUCUGUAAAUACAUGUAUUAUAUAUACCAACCUAAACCUAACAGUUUUAGAGAUGUAAUUGCGCUAGCCCAAUUGGCAGUGUACAGUCUGUAACAAGAGAAGCAUUUAUUGAAUUAUAAUAAAAAUUGAUGGAAAAAAGGAAAGCUUCAUGCAUACAUACAAA